AAGAAGAGGGUUAGAAUAAAAAGGAUGAGUGCGUCGGCCGGCUGCGGUUUGCUGUGCGCCGUGGAGCGGUGCGUCACGGCGCGGAACGCUCGGGGAUCACCGUGCGCCGUCAACGGGCCGAUUGACAUCACGGAGAAACGCCUGCGUUUUGAUGUGGAAAAUGGAUUGUCAGGGGGGCGAGGUCCACUGGACCCACAGGCCAGUCCCGGCUCUGGUCUGGUGUUACAUGGCAACUUUCCUCACAGUCAGCGGCGAGAGUCCUUCCUGUAUCGCUCUGACUCGGACUUUGACCUAUCACCCAAAGGUCCUUCCAGGAACUCCUCCACUGCCUGUGACCUGGAAGAAAGCUUGAAGCACUGGGAAGUCAACUGGUUGUCAUCUCGACAUACAGAAGACAUGAUUGUCACACCUUUUGCACAGGUCCUCGCCAGCCUGAGGACAGUCAGGAGUAACUUUGCUGUCAUCACCGGUCAGCAAGAUCGCCCUUCCAGCAAGACACGGUCUUCAAACAGCAACCCACCAUCCAUGUGCAAGACCAGCCUCGCAGAGGAACCUCACCAGCAGUUGUCCAUCGAGACGCUGGAUGAGCUGGACUGGUGUCUGGAACAGCUAGAGACACUGAAAACACGACACUCUGUCAGUGAAAUGGCUUCUAACAAGUUCAAGAGGAUGCUGAAUAGAGAGCUCACCCAGCUGUCCGAACCAGCCGUUCAGGGAAAUCAGGUGUCUGAGUUCAUCUCUAGCACCUUUCUUGAGAAGCCAGAUGAUAUGGACAUCAUGUCACCCCCCAUCAAGGAGAAGGACAAGAAGAAGCGGCCUAUGUUUCAGAUCAGUGGAGUGAAGAAGGCCACCCACAGUCCACAUCUGGCUUCCUCCACCAUCCCUCGCUUUGGGGUCAGGUCCAGUCAGGAAGGACUUCUUGCCAAGGAGUUGGAGGACGUAAACCGAUGGGGCAUUGACAUGUUCAAGGUCUCUGAGUAUUCGGGCAAUCGUCCACUGACAGUGACCAUGUACACUGUGUUCCAGGAACGUGACCUGCUAAAAUCCUUCAAGAUUCCAGCAGAUACCUUCAUAACCUUCAUGAUGACUCUGGAGGAUCAUUACCAUGCUGAUGUAGCCUACCACAACAACAUCCACGCUGCGGAUGUGGUCCAGUCCACACAUGUCUUGUUGUCAACACCUGCACUGGAGGCUGUGUUCACCGAUUUGGAGAUCCUCUCCGCUCUGUUUGCCAGCGCCAUCCAUGAUGUAGAUCACCCUGGAGUUUCCAAUCAGUUUCUAAUCAACACCAACUCUGAACUGGCCCUGAUGUACAACGACUCAUCAGUGCUGGAGAAUCACCACCUGGCCGUCGGCUUCAAGCUCCUGCAGGAGGACAACUGUGACAUCUUUCAGAACCUCAGUAAGAAACAGAGACAGUCGCUGCGGAAAGUGGUCAUCGACAUGGUUUUGGCCACAGAUAUGUCCAAACACAUGAACCUACUGGCAGACCUGAAAACCAUGGUGGAGACCAAGAAAGUCACCAGCCUAGGGGUCCUGCUGCUGGACAACUAUUCAGACCGCAUACAGGUCCUUCAGAACAUGGUACACUGUGCAGAUCUGAGCAACCCCACCAAGCCUCUUGAGCUGUACAGACAGUGGACAGACCGUAUCAUGGUGGAGUUUUUCACUCAAGGGGACAGGGAGAGGGACAAGGGGAUGGAGAUCAGCCCCAUGUGUGACAAACACAACGCCUCCAUAGAGAAGAACCAGGUGGGUUUCAUUGACUACAUUGUUCAUCCUCUUUGGGAGACGUGGGCCGACCUGGUUCACCCCGACGCUCAGGAGAUCCUGGAUACAUUGGAGGAUAACAGGGAGUGGUACCAGAGCAUGAUCCCUCACAGUCCCUCACCCAAUCCAGAAGGCCAGGAUGAGGUACCGCUUGGAGAAGAGUCCUCAUUGCUGGCAGGGGAAAAUGUUUCAGUGUUGGUCGACAAAUUCCAGUUUGAACUGACCCUGGAUGAAGAAGGAGAAUCUGACGCAGAAAGUCCGCCUGAAGAAGAGGUGGGUUACAGCAUUGGCAGGGAAGUCUCCAGAAAUGAUUCUGAUGCAGCAUCGGCCACAACUCAUGUGAUUUCCCAAAUCACUUGUGAUGCAGGCAGAACGUUUGCUUUCGGCUCUGCUAAUUCUGCGGAGCAAAUCCGAGAAGCGGAACAGGAAGGUGUGUCCGGGGAACCACGAUCCACACCAGGCACAUAGCACCAGUCAAAAGCUAUUUGUUUGUUUUUGCCAUUUUGGUUUAGUUUUCUUUAAUUUUUGGUGCCCGGCCUCCGUCAUUCCCCUCAUCCCACUCCAUCCGAUCAACUGCCUCUGGUUUCCACGGUGACCGCAGGGAUGCUGGUUCAUGUUGUGAGCUUCUGCGCUCAGCAGUUAGUUACACUGGAGAGAGACAGAUGGAGGAAAUCAACUUUAUGGCUGGUCCUUUUUGUUUUGGAUGUUUUUUUUUGGGGGGGGGGGGGGGGGUCAGUCAUACUGUGAAUGAAGCUUUUGAAAAACCUUUUUUUUUUUAGCCAAACCCAAGGUCUACUACAACAAAGGGCACACCUGUUUCCUCUUUUGGAGUAUUUCUAAAGUCAAGCAUUAUUCUUAACAAACAACAAGGCGGACUGAGACGUCGCCAAACUUUACAGGGACAGUGCUGCCCCCCUGUAUAUUUGCUUCCUUUGAUCUAGAUUCAUAAAACACUUACUAAAUGCAUAAAUGAACAGAAAGGAGAUAUGCAGGACUUUAUU